AUCUCCGCGAGCCCGCGGCUCAUAGUGCAAGUCACGGAACGUCCGCUGCAAUUGGCGCUAUAAUUUCUCUAUGACGCUCCAGAGGGAUUGUAUGAAGACAAAACGACUCGACCGCUUCUCCCCCACGCGGGAAGGUGUCGGAAUUCCAUCGUCGUCGGCACGAUCGAAGACAGAUGUUGGACUCGCGCCACGGGAGGAUCGCGUUAUUGAGAAGAAGGGAGUGAUGCAGCUCUCGAUGCAGCUGCAGCCGUCGUGCAGUCGUUGCUGAACGUUGCUUCGCGUCCUGCGUCUUUUUAAUUAUCUACUCGAAGGAGGAGAAAAAGUCGAGAAGCGCGGAGUCGUCGACGCGAGACGAGUGAAUUAGUGAAUUAUUACGUUUUUAAUAAUGACUUCGCUCCGCAAAGUCGGCCGCCGAAAUUAAAUUCAUCCGCCGAGCUCCCCUCUCGGCCGCUUUCCCGGAAGCGGACGUCGCGCGUAUACCAAAGUUUCGCGCAAGAGGAGACGCCCGCCGACAACUUGCAUGGAUUGCAUUACGAAAGUCACGAGACAAUUCAGUCGGGAGAUAAUCUCGAGACGACGUGGAGAACGUGAUGAAUCGAAAUGACCUAAUUAGUGUAUCGUUUUUUUAUACGUGGCGUUUCCUUGUUGUGUCGGAUCAAAUCUUUCUGGUAUUUCCCCCCCGAUGAGGGAUAGAACGGAGAAUUUUUCAUCGGCAAAAAUCUGAGGAAUCUCGUGCGAUGCGUCGCAACUUUUCAAUUUGAAUCCCCCUGCGGAUUCGAUCUUAACGAGCGCAUACCGAGAGCGACGCGAGAAGGAGUUUAACGAGGCGCAGGAGGUGUCGAGAAAAGGCGAGGAUGGCGAGCGAGGUGAUGCUGGCGCCCACGCCGGCGCCCGCGGCGACGUCCAUACGCGAGAUGGACGACGUCAGGGAUAUGGUUAGAAGCGCGACCGUCACCACGAUUUACGCCAAACAACGUGCCUCCGUAAAAUGGCUCCUGUCGAAGGCAUACAACAAUCGAGUGCCAGAAAAACUCCGCGACCCUUAUUAUCGUGAUCAUGAGGAACAAGAGCAUUUGAAACCGCAGAUCGUACACGCGCUUUCCAAUGCGGAGCUCUACUGCCUCGCGCUGGCCAACAUAUACUCGGAUCCUAACUAUCACAACCAGAAUCACUACGGGAUCCUGCAAGCCCUGGCCAGGAAAGGCGUCUACGUCGCGGAGCAGAACAAUACUCAGCUCACCGAAACGAUCCUCAUUCAAAAUUCACCACUCAAGAUGUCCGCGCAUAUGGCUGUGAUAGAAGGCCUGAUGGUCUUGUACGCGAAGGAGGUGGUGACGGGGGACCGGGUGGCCUCGGCGAUACGACGGUUCGACCCCCAGGCCGAGGUGGAUGUACCGUCGGAUCACGAGAAGGGCCUCCUGCUCUGGAUCAAUCACGCGUCGCACGCGCUAAUCGCCAAGAUUCAGAGCGAGGAGGGUGGCGGCGACAAGACGCGGCUGCCCGAGUUACCCGCUGCCAAGGACUUUCAGUCCCUGUGCGACGGCGUCGGCCUGGCAGCCGUCGUCGCUUUCUACUGUCCCGGCGAACUCAACUGGAUGGAGAUCAGGGUGUCGAAGAGACCCUCGGUAGCGGACGCACUGCACAAUCUAUCCCUGGUGCACGCGUUCUGCAUCAAAUGCCUGCCGUACUCGAUUUUCCACAUGCAGCCCGAGGACGUCACGUAUAUGAGAGGAUCGAUGAAGCAGAAUCUAGUGGUCUUUCUGACUGAUAUGUACAACGUCCUGGAGAUUCAUCCGGCGAAAUGCGUUCGUUAUCCUGGUGAGGAGCGGGCGAUGCAAUACCUAGAUGCCUGCCCGCGCAAUAGUCAUGGCGUAGCUCAUAAGAGAAGUCUGCCACAGUCUAUAGCUCCGAUACCUGAUCUGAGAAGCAACCUCUCCAUAUCCGCGCCAGGUUUCACAGAGUGUCUCGAAGGGAUCGACGACUUCAUGGUCGCCUUGUCGCGUUAUCAGUCAUGUAUGUGCUUUACGAAGUCAACAUCAAGCAACACUGUGAAGAAGUCGCAAUCUUUGCAACAGACUGCCGAGAGUCACCCGUACGAUGACAGGCGCGCAGGUAGCGAAGAGAAUUUCGUAGUGCAUCGCGGCAAAGGCAUUCCCACGCUGAGCUCCGUAGUCGAUGAGAAGUCCGGCAGAACUGAAGCCGCUGGUCGGCCGAGCAAUUGGGAGGAACAGCGACGGAGCUCCUACGCCGGGCGUCGCUCCAGACGGAACAGCAUCACGGACGACUCCCAGUUAACCAUCGAGAACUUCGGCGGGUCUCAGGAUAAUUUACACAAUUUUGGUAGAAAUCCGGAUAAAGAGCUAAGCGCGCACACCGGCAAGCGAACCGCCGCCGAGCCGACGUUGCCCGCGCGAUCCAGCGUUCAGGAUGUGUACGGCAGCGGCGUGCAGCACAUAAUCGCGGACAACGGUUACGGCGGCGGCGAGGAGCCGCCGAGGCUGCGACGGCAGGCGUCCAACAGCAGCCUGGAUACCGUCGCUCUCCGGCAAAUCUUACAUUCCAGCGCAGAGAACGACAGCGGUGCGGACGGCGGUGGCGGUGGCGGUGGCGGUGGCGGUGGCGGUGGCGAUGGCCCCCCCACGAAGUUUGCCAGUUUCGCGAAUCUGAGUAGGCAGAGCUCGGAAAAAGGGAUCAAUUUCACGUAUACGGAACAGGACGACGCUAAAUUGAACAGGAAACACGGCCAGAGUAAUGGCAACGGGAACAGCGAGAAGAAAACGACGUUCGCCACUCUGCCAAACACAACCACGUGGCAGCAGCAGAGCAACCAGCAGUCGCAGCAGAUGGAACAACAUUCUAUCGAUGAGAACGGCGGUAAUACCGUAAUGGCCUCGCAGCUGAAUAAUAUACGACUGAAGCUCGAAGAGAAGCGACGGCACAUAGAGAACGAGAAGCGGAGGAUGGAAGUUGUUAUGUCGAAACAACGGCAAAAAGUGGGGAAGGCCGCCUUCCUGCAGGCGGUCACGAAGGGUAAGGUUAAAUCUCCCUCUUCGUCAACGUCCGGGGGGGAGAGCCCGGCCGAGACAGUCGGUCCCCCCACUCCUGUCACCUCCGGAUCUUCCGGGGCGACCCCGACGAGCGUUUCCGAGGCGUCCUCUGUACCCCAACAACCCCUUCAAGAAAAACCACAGAGACCCUUCUCGCUCAAGGAAAUUAGCGAGGAUGUGCGGGACGUCGAGCACAAGUGGUUGGAGCACGACGGUAACGCGCCAUUCAUCGAGACCAGACGCACUCCGGACAUCGAGAAUAUGGAUCCCGAGCAAUAUCGCCAAUCCAUAACGCAAAUGAACAGUAGCCUGAGCGAAAUUCAAGCGGACAUACAGCGUUUGGCGAACCAGCAGAAUCAGAUUCAGCAGCAGCACCUGAUGUCGCAGCAUCAGAAACAGAUGCAGCAACAGCUUCAGCAGCUGCAGAGUCUCAGUCAUCAGCACAUGCAAACUUACGGAAUGCCACCGAUGAAUCAGUUGGCGUCCAGACUGCAGGAUCCGCAGCAGUCGCAGUUCUACUUGCACGAUCAGCCGCAAGUGCAGAGGAGAAUGUGGGGCCAGCCGGCGCCCGCCCAGAGUCUGGCCAACGAAAUGGCCGCGGUGGGCUACCAGCAGUCUAUGGAUUCGCGGUUUAGCCCUCAACCUGCCACUUAUCAGCAGGACAUGCGCAUGUACGCGGAUCCAACGAGGACUUGGGCCGCGCCACCCCCGACGCAAAAGGGAUUCGUUUUGCACGACACUCAGGAACCAAGGUACCUCAACGGGGAUCAUAGUCUGUGUAAUAAUCAAAUGAGCCACCCCGGCCCGACCAGCGUCUUUCCAGCGACUUCGUCGCUUUUCAACCAAACACAAGCCACAACUGCUAGUCCACAACAUCGUAACACCGUUCAUCGAAUAAGUCAGUUAAUUAGCGAAAGUCCCGAACCGAAGAGGUCGAUUGUACAUCACAUCCCGAUCUCAUGUGAAAGUCCGACGGAGAAGAGGCAAGUCACAGCUUUGCAUACUCCAGUACCGGCUCCGCCUGUCGAUGACAUGAAGCCCCAAAAUAUAUCUUUUAUCGGCAACGACGACGAUAUCGCGCAAGGUAUUCGUAACUUGAACAUCACGUCGGGUAGUCGCACGUACAGAAUACCGUCGCCAACGAGACCCACGAUAUCGCAGAAUUCCUUCCAACCUCACCCGUCGUUGAGGGAGACGGCUUCGUCGCGUUCGGGCACUCCGGAUGUCACACCUCUUGAUUCCGCGGACGCGAACGAGAAAGGAUUCUACAUCUCCUUCGACAAUGACGCUCCCAAGAAACCGAAACCAACCCUCAGAGUGAAGAGGACGUCUCCUAAAAAGGAACGAAGCGUAUCGUCCUACAUCGAGCAGGAGGACUUCACGGUGCGCCCGGAAUCGCCUCCUACUAACGCGAUAGAGAGGCAGAAACAAUUGGAAGCUCAACGCGAAUUAGAGCGGGAAAGACUGCGACAAGCCGGCGAGAGGGAACAGCAGAGGCAAGAAAUGAGGGACAGGGAGCUCAAACGGGAAAUUGAGAGGGAACGACAGAGGGAGAAACAGCGAGACAGCAGUACAGACAGCCGACACGCUUCCGGAGUUGGUCUGGUGAUUGGGAAUCAACUCACGAAUCCCGAUCCGAAUUCUAUGGACGAGAUGGAGAAGAAGAAGGAGAAGAUAAUGCUGAUGUCGCUGCAGAGAAGGCAGAGGCAGGAGGAAAUGAAAGAGAGGAAGGAAGUCGAGUCCCAGGCACGUAGGGAACGAGAGAAAUUGAAGGCGGAGGAGAGAGCUCGCAAGAAAGAGGAGGAACGACAACGGCGAGCCGCGAUCUUGGAGCACCAUAAGGUGAAGAAGGCGAUAGAGGAAGCGGAGAGAGAGGGUAAGGUAAUUGACAAGGAGCUUCUGAAUGCAAUAAAUCCAGCAAAAUUACGUAACAAGACUGCAUCCGCACGACCGCGGCCCAAAACGAUUCACGGAGACGCUGGCGCGGUGUUGGAUUCCGGGGCUCUUACACCUAGUCGCGGGAAGAAGGGUUCUUCUUCCAACUUAAGUACAGCGUCGCUGACUUCUCCGACGAUGAGGCGAGACUACUACCGAGGCUCGCAGGAUAGUCUCACUGCUGCCCAUCUCGAUGACCGACGUUGUUCCGGCCCUCUUUAUCGGGGCGGCAGUCUCAGGGUAUCUUCCGUAGAUUCGCCCGACGACGGUAGGGGAUCCUCGCCUUGCCGCAGCGUGAAUCAGCUCGGUCGACGCGGCUCCUACAAGACCUCCAGAGAUGUGCAGGAGUCUCAGCAACAAGUUAGAGGCAGGCCUAAAUACCAGACUUACCAAAACUUUAAGGGGAGAAAGUCUAAUUCCCUGAUGAAUUUGUGCGAUUCAGACAGCGGCCUGGGCAGAUCGACGCCUCCGAGACGCGCCGCCAGUCCGGGUAUAGGCAGCAUGAGGCAUCUGACGUCACCCUCGGGCCCCGGCUCGCUGCCGCCCGCCCUGAUGACAUCGAAAAAGAGGAUCUACGACGACGGCAGCAGCGACAUCAGCAGCACGCCUAGUUCCAUGAUGGACUACAACGGCCCGAGACUGUACAAACUGCCGAUAGCCAAGUCGAAUCGCAAUAUAAUGCUGAACGCCGUGGAGUACUGCGUCUUCCCCGGCACGGUCAACAGGGAAGCCAAAUCGAGGGUAUUGGAGGAGAUCGGCCGGUCCGAGAGCAAACACUUUCUCAUCCUGUUUCGGGACGCCGGCUGCCAAUUCCGCGCUCUCUAUUCGUACUGUCCCGAGAGGGAGGAAGUAGCCAAGCUGUACGGUACUGGGCCCAAACAAGUCAUCGAUAAUAUGUUCGACAAGUUUUUUAAAUACAAUUCCAGCGGGAAAUGCUUUUCGCAAGUUCACACGAAGCAUCUGACGGUGACCAUAGAUGCCUUCACGAUACACAACAGCCUCUGGCAGGGUAAAAAGGUGAACUUGCCGAACAAGAAGGACAUACCGCUCGUCAUAUAGUUUUACAUAAGUGGUCACACACUUAACAUUACGCUACUGUGCCCUCUGUUGUUCAUAGUUACUAUUUUAAUACAGGCCCAUAUUAAAUUAAUGCGAAUACGUUGCGUUUCUUAGUCAAUUUUAUAAGGACAAUUGAUCGGUGCUGACCCCAUAGAGAAAUAAUCACAGGUCGCGGCUCGAUUCGCACGCCGCUUCUGAAGGGGUGGAAAAGACCGGGGGAUGAGCGUGGCCAUCGAAGAGAGAAAGAGAGAGAGAGAGGGAGAGAAUGUGUUUUGUUUUACUUUUUCUUAUCCGUUUUUUUUUCUUUUUUCGUUGAGCGUCAGCAUCAAUCACUGUGUCAUAAGAUUACCAGUAUCUACUUAUAAGAAUGGUUUGUUGUCAAUACACCCCCUCUAAGAUCCCUUAAUUUUUGCGGACUAACUCUCGUCAUGUAACCGCCUUGUAAUCGUGUAAACCGCUGUGUUGCGACUGCGUGGGCGUACGACUCUCACGGAUGUAUUUAUGCGAAAGUUGACUCCUUUUUUUUUCUAAAUUUAUUUUUCGCGAAAACAAAGCGAGAGAGUAAAGGAGGAUGGCAACGGUGCAGCUUGUGUUCUCGUGCGUGCUUGCACAAUUUGCGAUUCGCACAGGUCUCUUUCCAUCCUUCGCUUAGGCUAGAUAUUCUAAAUUAUUCAACGAUUAUCAUAUUUAGUGCGUUUGAAACUUUUUAAAGAUUAUAUUAUGGUAUGAUGAUAACGCGCGAACAUGUGAGGGAUCAUUAAUUUUUUUAGAUCUCGUACGCAAAUUACUGACUUCGAACUCGUUUUUAUUUUCUUGUACAGUAGCAUGCAACCUCGCAAAAGAUGUCCUUUCUUUUUUUUUAUAUUUCUUUUUUUUUAAUCAGAAAAAUUUUUUUUACAUAUACUUGUUCGUUACAUUUUACCGAUUUGGAUACGCGUCGGCGGGAGUGUUCGCGACGCGGCUCAAACGGAGUUGAAUUAAUGAUUUCUCAUACUGCGUACGUUUCUCGCGGCUGUUGACGAUUGUAACGCGUAGCGCGAUUCUUGCAGUGUCCCUCCCCUCACCUCCGCGGGGAAAGAAACCUUUGCCAACGGGGUGGCGACGGAUAGCUCAUCGUUGUAAAUAAAUCAGUUCGUUGCGUGAUUAGCUUUGGAGCUAGGUGUAAGACCAGCCUUAAAUCCGGGCGUAUGAUGCACAUACGUUGAAUCCGUUUCUUUGCGAGUGACGAUCGUUCGAGCUGCGACAUUAUGCGUUUCAAAUUUGUAUUGUAAAAAGAAACAAAACCGCGUGCGAAAUAUGCGCAAUUAGUUUACGCAGAAGCGGCUGUUUUUAACGCGCGAGCGAUGUGUUUCGUCAACGGAUUAGGUAGUUAUCAUUGUGUACAGAGAGUGGGAUAUUUGCGUGAUGUUAUCGUUGCCUCGCGGACAAAGUCGAAGGACCCGUCGGAAAGGGGAGGCUCGCGGUGCUAUAUGCGUAUCUCCUCCCGAACGCGCUUCAAUUUUUAUCGUUUUGAGAGGAAGGUGGAAGAUGGGCGUCGCGCGUCUGAAUCGCGAAUUUUAUCGAUGGAAUUGCGCUUUUUUCCCCGACACGACUCUCGUAAGAAUUUUCCAGCCACGUUCCGCCUUCCUCGGCAGAAGCAAAGAGAAGGAAAACAGUAUGAAGCCUUAUGUUAUGAACGAUGUAAUUGGACUAAGUGCGUAAAGACAUUUAACGAAUUGACAGCUUGACUUUUCUUCAAUCGUGUCUCGUCACCGUACACAAUACGUUUCCCCCCCCCCCCCAACGAUUCUACCGCGACAUAUAUAUAUAUAUACCCUCCGCCGUCUCUCAGCGAAACUUUUCAGUCAGUCCGAGCGAACAGAGAACGCGGCGGUCCACGCGUGCACGCCGCGGACGCGCCGUAAUUUAUCGGAGGAACUGUUUAUAAUUUAUUGUGCCAUAAAUUCGAACGUUCGCUCUUCGCGUGGGACUGGCAUCGGCUUCCUAUCUCGCUGAACGGGCCUUUUCGGUCGGACACGUUUCUUUCAUUGUAAUUGUUCUAGAGGGAAGAGAAGAGAAGCUAGAGAGCUAGGUAGACUUUCAAGUAGACAUUUUAUACGACAAUAUCGGGGGUCUAUCGUGUUUGUACGAUUUUUUUUCCCUUCGGUCCUGGAUCCUCGUUCACGAUGUGGACGACGCCUCCAGGAUCGUUCUCCGAUUAUUUUGUACGAUGUAAGUCUUCGACUCGAUGCGAACGGUCGCGCCGAGUGUACAGAUAGACCCUCCAUAUUCCGCGACACGACGUAACGCAAACGUACACAGGAUUAUUAACGAUUACAAUUAACAAAUACAACGCGACAUAUCGAAAUCGAGGCUUCUCCGGCAAGCUGAAACUGCGGAGGAGUUAAUCUAUGUAUCUUUAAUUCGCGUGGGACGUCACGGUCACAGCUUGGCCUCACCGUCCCGCGUCUACGCCGUACGACCACGUGUAAUGAAAGGGAUUUGUGAGAUUAAACUGCGUCGAGAUGUAAUGACCGAGAGAAAGAGAGAGAGAGAGAUUCACUGUUCUAUAUCCCCGUCUGUUGUAAAUUUAUCCGAGUACGAUGAUGAUGCAAGAGAAAAAGAAGAGAGAGAGAGAGAGCGAUAAGGUAGAGAAUCUUAGAUUCAGAAACAGUCCGACCUGACAAUAUCGAACGUGAGAUACGCGCCAUAGA